CUCUCGCGUUAUUUGCAACAUCACGUCAGUCCAUGAUGGCUGAAGAUCCUGGCGGAACACUUUCCAAUUUCUCUGUGAUUUUUCUUUCUUUCUCUUUACCUCAGCUUGCCAUAGAGACAUGGCAGGACUCACAGCCACGUUAAGCGUCCACAGAUCUUUGGUAUCGUCAUGCCCAAGAAAGGGAACCGAAAACGGCUGAAAUUUAAGGCCGGGGACGUUUGUUCGGAAUCAGUCACUGUAGCUGAUUAUGCUGAUGCCGACCCAGCCGUUGUGAAGUCGGGAAGGGUGAAAAAGGCUGUUGUAAAUGCGAUUGAAAAAGAAGUGAAAUUACUCUGCGGCCUGGAAGCAUCGCAGGGUGCUGUAGAGGAAGUCCUCUCCUCCGCAGUAAGCGUCAAAGCAGACGCUUUGGGCAGUAGCGACGAGCAGGACCCUGAAGAAGAUGGAGAAAACGAAACUAAAGUGUCCCGCAAAAAGAAGAACAAGAGGAGAAAGGAAAACAGUGAGAGCAGUGAUGGUGUAGAUUAUCCGGUGGACAUUUGGUUGGUGCUCUCCUCCUAUAUUCGGCCUGAGGAUGUGUGCAGAUUUGCUCUAAUCUGUAGGAAUGCCUGGACGGUCACUUGCACUGCAGCUUUUUGGACCAGGCUCUACAGGAGACACUACAGGAUUGAUGUUGAGCUGCCAUUUCGCCUCCAGCCUGUCUCUGUUGAGAAGAUGCGUUUCUUACGGGCUUGUGUGAUUCGCUCCCUUUUCCAUUUAUAUGAGCCGUUCACCUUGCGCGUGUCAAAGAUUCCUCCACUGCCAGAAUCCACACCCACUACCUUACUCAACUCCAAGUGUUUACUUUUCUGGGUCAAAAAGGUGUCGGGGACUCGGUCUGAAACAUUGUGGGAGUUCAACUUUAAAUUUUUAAAGCAGCAGGGAAACAGUAGGAAUGGUUGUGCCAAGUCCUUGCGUAUGCCUAGACAGUACGAAGAUGUUCACAUGAAUCCGGACUCUGACUGCUAUGUGCUUCAGGUCACCACCCUCAACUUCAUCUUCACCCCAGUAGUCAUGGGCAUGACGCUGAGCCUGUUCACAAUAAAUGUAAGCACAGACAUGCGCCACCACCGCGUUCGGCUUGUGUUCCAGGACUCGCCACUCCAACGGGGGAAGAAAAGAGCGGAUCUAGGUGGGACCCAGGUGGUGUUGGAUCCUGUACACAGUGUGAAGCUCAUGGACUGGUGGCAUCCACAGUACCCCUCCUUAAUCUACUCAUGAGUCUCUCUUCUCAGCCCCUACUACAGCAGGCCAUUGCAUCAGGAACCUCAUUAUUAUCUCGCUACACUCAUAAAAGACGAUACUUGAUGAUCUGUAUAUCAUGUUCAGUGAAGGUUUUUUGCAAAUACACAUUUUGAUUGUGAUUGUUAGAUGUUUAGUAAAAACCAACACUGAAUUGAAGUGAGACGGUCUGGUCAUAGACACAUGGGAGAGGGGACCCUGUCGUAUAAUUGUUGCGAUUUUUCACAGAUUACAUUGCUGCAUGUUGAAUAUACAUGUAUAACACAUUUUCUACUCUGGAUAAAAAAAUCAGAAAGAUCAUAAAGGGAUUAAAAGGGUGGGAAAAUUGUACUUUGUUAGAUAUUUGAUUUUAUAGACGCUUGAAAAUUCUUAAAAUACUUUGGCAUGUUACUGCAACAACCUUUGGAUUGAUUUUAAUUUGAAGCAUCCUCACUUAGUAUUAUGUGAAAAAGAUUGAAUCAGCUCUGCACUGAAGGGGCCAAAGAGAUGAUUUACCUCAGACAUCAUCUGCUGAUGCAGGCAGUGUUUUGUUUUCGCUUUUUCUUGGUUAAUAAGAUCUUGAUUGCCUUGCUGACUCUGUGAGCUGUGUUCUGUACUGCCACCCUUGCAGUGUUUCUUUACUCUCAACUUUGAACGUGUUCACUGUCUUCAUGUGUGAUGAAUGUGUGUACAGUUUUACCAGUCACAUGAUGAUGGUGGGGGGAGCUACCGCUGAUACUGAUUUAUCCAUACAUGUGUUUGACAGAGUCACAGUAGACCUUUUUUUUCCACCCACAGCAGACAGUUUGACUUUGGGAACAGUUUGUGAAAGCACAGGUGGAGUUAUUGAUGAUGUAAUUUUGCUAUGUUUCUCAGUAAGCUAUUACAGCAUGCAAAAGAGUAAGACCUCCCCCAGGUGGAACAUAAUCAUUCAUCAACCUGUGCUUUCCUGCUGUGACAAAUUAAAAAGUCUGUUUAACCUGAACUUAUUUGCACAUCUGUUGUGGGGUAAGAAGUCAUUAGAUUUAACCAUAUGCAGUUGCCAUAAUGUCUUUUUGGUGGCAUUACCCAGUAGCAGAGGACGGCUAGUUUUUCUGGUUGGCAGCUGCUGAUUGCUUUCGAGUCGGGGACUAGUUUUAACAAAUGAAAGUUUCAUUGAUAAAUCACUGUAGUGAAAUAAAAACUGAAACUGCCCUAUCAGA